UGUUCCUUUUUGGUAGAUUCUCUUAUAAUCUCUGCUGCACUAAAUUCGAAAUAUAAAUUGUUUUUGUUUUUGGUAGAAUUUCAUUUUGGAAUGGAAUUUGUGUCUUUAUUUUAUUCGGUAGCCAUAUAUGAUUAGCAAUUAAUUUAGAGUGUGUUUUGGUUAAUGGCUCAGGUUACUGUGACUGUUCUAAAAUAUGUAGUGCCUAAUAUGUUAUUAGGAUUUUUAUUUGUUUGUUCAGUUGGAAAAUGGUAAGCAAUAGCUUUUUGUUAGAAUCGAGAAGCUGUGGGAUCUUAUCUAGAUUCUGACUUGUUGAUGUAAGUUGUUUAAAAUUUUCAUUGCAAGUAUUUUGGGAUCUUAUCCAGUAGCUUUUUUUUUUUGUUUUGUUGAAAACGUUAUGGGUUUUCUCCUUGCUGCAAAUGGUCUUUUGGUUCUUUACAUUGCCAUCAACUUGUUCAAGAUUUACUAUGGUGAUGAUUGGGGUGGUCUUUUUGAGGCCAUCACUAGUUAUGGUCUUGGUGGGUCUUCUAUGGCUUUGUUUGGAAGUGUAGUUGAUGGAGGUAUCUAUACUAAGGUUGCUGAUGUUGGUGUUGAUCUUGUCCGAAAGGUUGAAAGAAACAUCCCCGAAGAUGAUCCAAGAAAUCUAGCUGUUUAUAGCAGUGCCUUGGGGUUGGUGCGUUCCAUGCCUGGCCCGAGGGAACAUGUACUUCAGUGCUUCAUUAGGCGCAACGGUGUCUCAAAGGCAUAUUAUAUGUUUCUCUGUUUAUCUAGUGCACUAGUAGCUGAUGAUGGCAAGUUCAUUACCAUUACCCUAUCUCAGCAUUUCAAGCAUUUGCAAUCUGCCUCAGCAGCUUCGCUACCACAGUUGCUUGCGAAUGAUGCAUAUUUGAACAGGUCACAUCAUCAUACGAAAACAAUCUUCAUCAUAUGGAGAACAUAUCAAUUGGUAAUUUCGCCUUCACAACUCGAGAGAGUGGAAACUACUUAGCAUGCUUCUGGAUGGGUCAUAGUGAAUGAGCUGGUGGAGACGUUAGUGUGAACCUUGAUUGGAAAACUGGAAUUGCAGCCAAGGAUUGGGAUUCGGUUGCUAAAAAAGAAAAGAUUGAGGUGAAAUCCGAUCCCAAUGCAUCGAGGUCUUUAUGGAUGAUUUCUCCAUUUUUGGAAGCUCGUUUGAUGUGUGCUUGUCCAACCUUGAAAUUGUGCUAAAAAGGGGCAUUGAAGUGGAUAAAGAUAAAGUGGAUAUUAUUGAAAAUUUGCCUCCACCAAUGAAUGUAAAAGGAAUCAGGAGUUUUCUCGGUCGAGCGGGCUAGAUGCUUCAUCAAAGACUUCUCAAAGAUAGCUAAUCCAUUAAGCAACCUUCUCAAUAAGGACACACAAUUUAAUUUUGAUGUAGAAUGUUUAAAUGUGUUUAAUCAUUUGAAGUCUAGUUUAGUUUCUGCUCAAAUAAUCAUUGCACAUGAUUGGCCAUUACAUUUUGAACUUAUGUGUGAUGCAAGUGAUUAUGUAGUGAGAGUUGUACUAGGCCAAAGAAAGAAUAAAAUUUUUCAUCCCAUAGGCUAGCAAGGUGCUGCAUGAACACCAAGGGAAUUAUGCCACUACUGAGAAAGAGUUUCUAGCCAUAGUGGAUGCCUUGGAAAAGUUUAAAUCUUAUCUGAUUGGCUAAAAAGUGAUACUAUAUACUGACCAUCAAGUAUUUGUUAAAUAAAUCAGAUUCCAAACCUAGACUUA